AUGGAUGCCAGAGUGACUGGGCUUUCAGAAGGAUGCCACGGCAUGCCACGGAACGCCACGGGAUGCCGCAGCACGCCGCGGGAUGUUACAGCACGCCGCGGGUUGCCUCUGCACAACCUGCCGUGCCAUGCCGUGCCACGCCAAUUAACAACAACUUCGACAGCAAUUGAUAUAAUGACAGCAACUUCUGAAUUCUUGGAUAAACAUGAACUCUUAUGGAAAAAGUUGAUAGGCGUAUACACAAAUGGCGCUCCGGCAAUUCUUGGAUCUCGUUCAGGAUUCGUACAGUUGGUCAAAGAAAAAAAUCCCAACACAACUGUUGAAGAACAUGAUGCCACUAGCAAACAACCUGAUAAAGAAGCUGCUACUGACUAUUUCUUCAAAUUCUUUUCACCGGACAUAAUUAAUGAAAUAACAGAGCAAACAAAUAUUUACUCCGUUCAGUUGACUGGCAAAUCUAUCCAACUAACAGAAAACGAGUUACAAGAUUUUCUAGCAAUUCAUUUUGUUAAGGAACGUCUCACAUUUUUAUUGCGUGGCAACUCUGCAACGGUUCACAUCGUGUGGUCCGUACCUAAUUCGUCAGUGUAUAAACUAAAGAAUUUGGAAGGAAAAGGUAAACCUUUAAAGGGUUUUAGGCAUGAAGUAUAUCAAUGUUUGAUAAAGAGAGGAAGAUCACAAGAUGUUGAGAAAACAGAAAAUUCUAAAAUUCUAAAGCCACGAUUAGCUCGGCCUUGGGGGUUCAAAUUAUAUCUCAUCUGCAGUCUACAAGGAUAUGUUCAUAGAUUUGAGGUUUACAGUGGAGGGGGCUCCAAAAAUAACAUCUUACCUGGUGAACCAGAUUUGGGAGAGUCUGGCAAUACAGUCGUCAGGUUAGCUAGAAUAGUACCACGCAAUGUGAAUCACAUUAUAUACUUCGAUAACUUCUAUACUUCUGUGCCUCUCGUCACCUAUUUAGCUAAGGAAGGAAUUUUCUCACUGGGAACAGUAAGAGUAACCCGAUUGAGAAACUGCAAAUUGCCUGAAAAAAACACUAUAAUGAAAAAGAACGUACCCAGAGGAUUCUAUGAGGAAAACGUGGCGACUGUGGAUGAUAUUGACGUAAGAGCAGAACCAGCAACCACAGUCACGAGCUUUGAUAAAUCGAAGAAAAAGAGAGUUGCUAUUCCAUGCCCCAAAGUCAUCAAGGAGUACAAUGCCCACAUGGGAAGCGUGGACUUAUUAGAUUCAUUUAUAGGUCGUUAUCAUAUCACAAUGAAGAGCCGCAAGUGGACCAUGCGCUUAUUUUAUCAUUUCCUGGACCUCGCAGUUAUAAAUUCAUGGGUUAUGUUCAAGAAGGUAAAUAAUAUAAAAGGAAAUGAUCAACUUCUCGAUUUGGGUACAUUCAGACUAGAACUUGCUGAAACCCUCUGCAAAAUUGGGUCUACCUGCAAAUGGCGCUAA